ACCUCACGUUGAGCUCGGAUGAACCUCGCAUCCUUUCCCACGUUGGAUCAUUUCAGCUCCGUUAAACCGACGAGGCACCGGAGCAGAGGCACAACCGCUCGGUAAUCCUGUACACUAUGUGUGCUGAGAGUGAGAAAAAAGGGACACAUUAAGGACUAUCUGGGAAGACAAAAACCUGAACCAGGAGCAGAAAGAAGACACAAAGAGUAAAAACACAAGAUGGACCUGCGUUUCAUUAACACAUUCAUCAACCAUUCUUGGAAACACACCAAUCAGUGACCGUCAGCAAUGGCCGCACUUAUUGUGCUUCUUUUUCUUCUGUUCUUUAAAGGGGAAAGAAAUGGCCUUUCAGAGGCUGUCAACCAUUCAGGAGAAGAUGAUGAUUUGCGAGUUUUAUCAAACAAAAGACAACAAGAUUUACUUCAUCAAGUAUCCAUGGACACGAUUGUUUCAUAUGUGGGAAACAACGAAUGGGGAAGUCACUUUCAGAGUGACGAGGAUGAAAUGAAUGCACUGCCAGAUCUGGGUAUUCAAUUGACUGAGAGAGAACCACAUGAGUUUGACUUUAAGACCAACCAAGUGAGACAAACAGCUGUACCUAAACCUGCAACUACUGCCAAAUCCCUAACACCUAAACAUGGCCGUGACCUCACUGUGAACCGUGAAAAAAAGACUAAUUUGACUACGUCUAAUAGAGAGGUUGCAGGUGUAAUUAACGAUCACAGUCAAGUGCUGAGUUCAGAGGAGGAGUACGCUCUCCAGGCCGGGCUCCAUUUGGAGACAGGUGUCGACGUUCUGCCUGAGAAGACACGGGGACGCUCUAAGUGGGUCACAGAGUCUGAAGACGGUCAGUGGGGGCCAAACUUGCCAGGAGCAGAGCCUCGCUUUCACAGUCGCCGGCAGAGGAGGAGCUGGCUCUGGAACCAGUUCUUUGUGAUCGAGGAGUACAGAGGCCCCGAGCCUGUGCUUAUCGGGCGGCUGCACACUGAUAUGGAUAAGGGCGACGGCACCACUAAAUAUACGCUGGAGGGAGAAGGAGUGGGCUCUGUGUUUGUUAUUGAUAGCAACACAGGCAAUAUACAUGUCACCAAGUCUCUGGACCGCGAGGAGAAAGAUCAGUACCGUCUCAUUGCAACAGCUACCGACCGCGAGACAGGCCGUGCCCUCGAGCCAUCGUCUGAGUUCAUCAUCAGAGUACAGGAUAUCAAUGACAACCCACCUGUCUUCCCCAGUGAACCUUAUGUUGCCAUGGUGCCGGAGAUGGCUAACAUAGGCACAUCCAUAAUCCAAGUUACAGCCAGAGAUGCCGAUGAUCCGUCAUAUGGUAACAGCGCCCGUCUGGUGUAUGCCAUUACCCAUGGUCAGGACUAUUUCUCUGUGGACCCUCAGACAGGCAUCCUGCGGACAGCGGUACCUGACAUGGACAGAGAAACUCAGGAUGAAUAUCUUGUGGUCCUCCAGGCUAAAGACAUGGGGGGGCAUCUGGGUGGAUUAUCAGGAACUACAACAGUCACUGUGAAGCUGAGCGACGUUAACGACAACCCCCCUCACUUCCGAAGGAGUGCAUGGUCAUUUUCUAUCUCCGAGCUUGCUGCGCCAGGUGUGGAGGUGGGCCGUCUGACUGCCACUGAUCCUGAUCUGGGAGAAAAUGCACAGCUGGAGUUUACAAUCCUGGACGCUGAAGAGGCCGACAUAUUCAAUAUAACCGGAAGAGAGCGAGAGGCGGUCAUUGUACUGAACAAGCUGCUGGAUUAUGAGAGCCGCAAUUCCUACACUUUCUCUGUGGAAGUUUCCAACCCUGUGGUGGAUGCACGGUACUUAAGGAGAGGCCCCUUUAAGGACCAGGCAACAGUGCGGGUCAUGGUACUCAAUGCUGAUGAGCCGCCGCGAUUCUCUCAGGCUCGGUACCAUCUGGACGUGUCUGAGAAUUGCCCCCCUGUCUGCUCUGUCGGCCGGGUCUACGCUGUGGAUCCAGACACAGGACAAAGCACCAACAUCAGGUACUCCAUCGAUCCCCAGUCAGACCCUGAGGCUCUGUUCCGCAUUGCCUCUGACACAGGCUUUAUCAGCACAGUGAUGGAGUUGGACCGUGAGCAGGAGCAGUGGCAUAAUAUCACUGUCAUCGCCACACAGAGGGACAAUCCAAAUCUUGUGUCAAGGGUUGUGGUUGCCAUAGAGACACUAGACCAGAAUGAUAACGCGCCAGAGUUGGACAGGCAGUACGCAACGUCUGUAUGUGACUCUAGUGCUCCUGGUCAGGUAGUUCAGGUCCUGAGAGCCAUCGACCGGGACCAAGGAGGGCAGGAUGUUCCAGUCCACUUCAGUAUCCCCCCAGAGUCUGGCUCUGCCCUCAACCUCUCCAUCAGAGAAAGUGGAGGUGUGACAGCCAGCCUGGUGCUCCAGUCGGCAUUGGAGCCCCUCCCUGGCUUCUCCUCCUCCUUACUCACCCUCUAUGUGCCAGUUGUGCUCCGUGACGGGGCCUCCGGUCUAACCAACACUGGCACAGUCACUGUGACCAUUUGUCCCUGUCUGCAGGGGGGUAUGCAGACCGAGGACAGGGGGAGGCAGAGGGACAGGAGAUGGGAGAGACACAUGGUUUGCCUCCCUGUUCCCUCCGCCUCUCCGUCGCUCAUAUUCAGUUUGGUCACCUUACUGGCCAUGCUGGCGUGUGUCACCACUCUGCUAGUGGUGUGUGCACUCUCCCUGUCAUUGCGCCAUCAGAAGCGAGACUCCCACUCACCCUUCGAGGAGGAUGAUGUCAGGGAAAACAUCAUAUCCUAUGAUGAUGAGGGGGGAGGGGAAGCAGACACCGCAGCUUUUGACAUUACAGCGCUGCAGAGCAUGCACAGAAUCCAGCACAUCCACAACAACAGAAACAUAUGGUACACCCAGCAGAAUCCGCCGAGGGCCAGAACGUACAGCUGGAGUCGUAACCCGCGCCCCGGCCUGGACCUUCAGCGGCCGGGCUCCGCUCCGCUCUAUGGGCGCUUCUGCUACGGCAUCCACACGCUGCCUGUUCUCAGAGAUUAUCCAGCUGGGCCCCUGGAAACCGGUUUGCAGCUAACUCAGCUGACCCAUGGGCUCACUGGAGGUCAUAUCAACAAUUCCCUUGUCAUCCAGAACCAGAGCACCUUUGAGCCUCUGCUCCAUUCUCCAGAGAUGAGCUCCAGUACUUGCAAGGCAGAACACAUGGUGGCAAAGAGUAAAAUCAAAGAAGGAAAUGUAGGCAGUGACGUGAACGCUGCUGACGCGGAUAAGAAUCUGGACCAGGUUAAGACAAACCCUUCUGAAUCUGAGUUGAUGCCAGAAAACAGCCUUGCUAAUCUGACCUAUUGCGACCCAAAUGAGUCCUCCUGCCAAAGUCACACCAGCUCCUCAUCAAACCAGCAGGAGGGUCGACCCGGGUCAUCACAGACUCAAAUCAGCACCGGAGCCACCAGCUGUACAAUCGACGACAUCGAUACUAACUCUUCUAUUACCUCCAUCUCAGAGCAGAAUUAUUCACAUGAUAGUCAAAUCAAUCCUUCUGUUUACCUGAAAGGAGACACAUACAGCAUUGUGGGCUCGCUGAAUCCCAACAGCAGUGGGACAUGUAUGAACAGGAACAGCAGCAGCAGUGGGCUGUACCCGGGGGGGCUGCACCUACUGAACAUGUACCGGCUGCACAGGAAGGAUCUGACCCAGCAGCCUUUGCCCUUACCCGGGGGAAUGUUUGGAAACAGCAGAGGCUGGGCGUGCGGCGGGGCGGAGCCUGCCAGAACAGAAGCCACCGCCGCCAACCCACAGCCUCUGCGAAUGGAAGAACUCCUGAACAUCCGUCUGGACCAGGUCACCUUUGACCUGUCACAGCCGCCAUAUGACUCACUGCAGACUUACGAGUUCGAGGGCCGUGAUUCAAGGGCUGAGUCACUGAGCUCACUGGAGAGCGACGGAGAGAAGGACAGCAGCAGGGUGGUGGGAGGGAUGGAGGAGUUAAACCAGAAAUUUCAGCGGCUGGUGGAGAUCAUCAGGGAGAGGGAGAAGGAGAAGGAGGAGGAGAGAAAGGCAGCUGAGGGAGGUGAGAGCGCACAAGCAACUCCCUUGGAGACACAACCCGAGGACAAAGAAAAAGAACAGCAGAGAUGGGAUUUCUAGAGAACCAACACUGUAAGAAGAGAAAAGUUAGAGAGAGGAGAACCCUGUCGACAGUGACGGAUUUAAACUCAUCGUGGUGGCAGAAUACACCACAUGUGACAGCAGUCUUGCCCUCCCCCACUAGGAAAAUCCAGGAGGCUGACAGUAGAGUCAAGAUAUGUGGUGGAAAUCAGUGCACACUGUAUAGUUAUCACCUCCACUGUGUUUAUGAAUUGCAUAUGGAUUCUGUCACUUUUCACACUGCUCUUGUAACUAAUAUUAAUAAUGCACUUGGGCUUUCAAAGCUUAAGUUAUGAAAAAUUCACUGUUUGAAAUAUUGAUUCUUAGCCCUGAAAGCUGCAUUGUUCAAAAAAAGGCUUCAUCAAAUAUUGACUGGAUUUGUUAAGUUUAAUAUUGAUAGUAUAAUAGGGGCACACUCUCAAGAAAUAAGUUGGAAUUUAAAUGCAACAUUUGCAUCUGAAUUGAAGAGUUUAAAUCCACACAAGCGUACGGAGCCCACACUGCCAUGUGUUUACAGAAGGUCCCCAAUGAGUCUGAGUGCACUCGUUUCUCUGUGUACUUUUCUAUUCUGUUGAGAAAUUCCUGCAAGUUGUGACUGUAAAAGUAGCAGAAAAUGCUCACUAUGCAAUUUGCACAGAGUUAGAAAUGUUUAGAUAGUCACUGUCAAAGGCUGUUGUGUACUGUUGUGAAAGUACAGUAAACAAUGUCCAUAUGUAGAUA